AUGUCACGACGAUUAUUCAAUGCAGGCUUUUCUAGCUCAACAUAUGUUAUUACAAGAACACUUGCAUCAAAAGUUGCUGUGCAAGAUUUAAAAAUUUUAGGUGUUGGUGCAGGUAACAAACCAGUGGCAGAUGCACAAAAGCAGUUAGCAUCAUUAGGAUAUAAACAAACAAAAAUUUUCGGUAUUUAUAAUACAAAAAAAAGUGAUCAAGAAUUUAUCAAUGCAUUAAAAGAAAAACAAUGGGAUAUAGUGGCUCUUGGCGGUUAUGUCAAUGGUUUUGACCAAGCAUCAAAGUAUCAUGAAGAAGGCGUUUCAACAGAUCGUGCUGAAAUACUUCAUUGGUUUAAUCGUAUUUUAAAUCUUGUUCAUAAAUUAGCACCUAACGCAAAAAUUGUACUUCUAAAAGGGCCGCAAGACCUUCCUGAUGCUCUCGAGAGAGUUGUGAAUCAAGAAAAAAACUAA